AAUGUAACAGUACCUCGUUCUCUUUUUAGCUCGUGUGUGCUGCGCAGCGUUGCAAAAUUUUUGUGCGGUGUCUUUUCAAAAAACGAUACAAUGGCUGCCGAUCAAGUUCAAUUUCAACAGCUAUUAAAUUCACUUUUAGCUACGGAUAAUGAAGUCCGACAACAAGCAGAGGAAGCUUACAACAAUCUGCCGAGAAAUGUUAAAGUGACACACCUUUUGGCCGCCUUACACAAUGGACAAAUGGGUGAGGAAGCUAGACUCAUGGCCGCUGUAGUUCUGCGAAGGCUCUUUACAUCGGAUUUCCUUGAAUUCUACAAAGAAUUACCACAAGAAGCUCAAGGACAACUGUUGCAGCAAAUACUCCUUGCAGUUCAACAAGAUGUUUCUGCUAACUUGCGCCGCAAAAUCUGUGAAGUAGUUGCAGAAGCUGCCCGAAACUUGAUCGACGAUGACGGAAACAACAGAUGGCCUGACUUUUUGCAAUUUUUGUUCCAAUGCGCAAACUCUCCCAAUGCCCAACUCCAAGAGUCUGCUCUAAGGAUUUUUGCUUCAGUGCCUGCAAUCUUUGGCAACCAAGAAACACAAUACUUGGAUUUGAUUAAACAAAUGUUGCAAAAGAGUCUUGAGCCGACCGCCGAUCCCGAGGUGCGCUUCCAAGCUGUUCGCGCCAUCGGAGCUUUUAUUUUACAUCACGACAAAGACACAGCUGUUCUUAAGCACUUCAACGAUCUCCUGCCUAGGAUGAUUAUGAUUACCGUUGAAAGUAUCGAACAGCAGGACGAUCAGAGUUUGUUAAAACUCCUCAUUGACUUGACUGAAAAUUGUCCCAAAUUCUUACGCCCUCAAUUGGAAGUUAUUUUUGAGAUGUGCAUGAAAGUAUUCAGCAGCCAAGAUGUCGAAGAUGCAUGGAGACACUUGGUCCUUGAAGUUAUGGUUUCGAUGGCCGAGAAUGCUCCAGCAAUGGUUCGUAAACGCGCUGAAAAAUACGUGGUUGCUUUGAUUCCAUUGGUGCUACAAAUGAUGACCGAUGACUUGGAUGAUAAUGAAGAUUGGGCAGUGUCAGAUGAAGUCACUGAAAACGACAACAGUGACAACAAUAUUAUCGCCGAAUCGUCUUUGGAUCGUUUAGCGUGUGGAUUGGGUGGUAAAACUGUUUUGCCACAUGUGAUUAAUGCCAUUCCGGCUAUGUUGAGCUCUCCCGAUUGGAAGCAAAGACAUGGUGCCCUAAUGGCCAUUUCAGCCAUCGGAGAAGGUUGUCAUAAGCAAAUGGAAGCCAUGCUAGAUAACAUCAUGUCCGGGGUCUUGAACUUCUUGCGUGAUCCUCAUCCUCGUGUGCGUCAUGCAGCUUGCAAUGCUGUUGGCCAAAUGGCUACAGAUUUUGCUCCCAUCUUUGAGAAGAAAUUCCAUGCCCAAGUUAUUCCAGGACUUCUCAGCUUGUUGGAUGAUGUUGAAAAUCCACGAGUACAAGCACAUGCCGGAGCUGCUUUAGUAAACUUUAGCGAGGAUUGUCCAAAGAACAUUUUAACUGGUUACCUAGACGGUAUCAUGUCUAAAUUGGAAACAAUCUUAAAUGCAAAAUUCAAAGAACUUGUUGAAAAGGGCAACAAAUUGGUUUUGGAACAGGUUGUCACAACCAUUGCCUCGGUGGCCGACACAUGCGAGAAGGAGUUCGUCACGUACUACGAUCGUCUGAUGCCGUGCCUCAAGUACAUCAUUCAGAAUGCUAAUGACGAAAAGUUGCGCAUGUUACGCGGUAAGACAAUCGAGUGCGUGAGUCUCAUUGGUUUGGCUGUGGGACGCGAGAAGUUCUUAUCAGACGCCAGUGAAGUUAUGGAUAUGUUGCUUAAAACACACACUGAAGGUGAUUUAUCCGACGACGAUCCACAAACUUCAUACUUGAUAUCGGCCUGGGCUCGUAUGUGUAAGAUCUUGGGCAAACAAUUUGAACAGUAUCUGCCCUUAGUUAUGGGUCCAGUAAUGCGUACCGCUGCCAUGAAACCCGAAGUAGCCAUGUUGGACAAUGACGAAGUUGAGGAUAUUGAAGGCGAUGUCGAUUGGUCAUUCAUCAAUCUCGGUGAACAGCAAAACUUUGCCAUUCGCACAGCUGGUAUGGAAGACAAAGCAUCAGCUUGCGAAAUGUUAGUAUGUUACGCUCGUGAAUUAAAAGAAGGAUUCGCCGAUUACGCCGAAGAAGUUGUCAGGCUUAUGGUACCCAUGUUGAAGUUUUACUUCCAUGAUGGAGUUCGUUCAGCUGCUGCUGAAUCGCUACCCUAUUUAUUGGAUUGUGCAAAAAUCAAGGGACCACAAUAUCUUGAAGGAAUGUGGUUGUACAUUUGUCCAGAACUUUUGAAAGCCAUUGGCACAGAGCCCGAAGCUGAAGUACAGUCGGAACUGUUACAGUCUUUGGCUAAGAGCAUUGAGACUUUGGGGCCAAAUUGUUUAUCUGACGAAUGUAUGAAACAAGUUCUUGAAAUCAUCACUAAGUAUAUGGGAGAGCAUUUUGAGCGUGCCGACAAGCGUAUUCAGGCUCGCAAUGAAGAAGAUUACGACGAUGGUGUAGAAGAAGCCUUAGCUGACGAAGAUGAAGCUGACACUUAUUUGCUGUCGAAGAUUGUUGACAUUAUUCACUCAUUGUUCUUGACCAACAAAACCAAUUUCCUUCCUUACUUCGAUACUGUCGUACCGCAAUUUGUAAAACUUCUUGAACCAGCUAGGUCCUGGUCUGACAGACAAUGGGGUCUUUGUAUAUUCGAUGAUGUUAUCGAAUAUUGUGGUCCCAGCUGUAUUCAAUAUCAGCAGAUAUUUACAGCACCGCUCUUGCAGUAUAUUUGUGAUAAAAGUCCCGAAGUCAGACAAGCCGCAGCCUAUGGAUGUGGUGUUUUAGGACAGUUUGCUGGUGAACAAUUCGCCUUAACAUGUGCUCAAGCGAUUCCAAUUUUGGUGCAGGUUAUCCAAGAUCCAAAGAGUCGCGAACCAGAAAAUGUCAAUCCAACUGAAAAUGCUAUUUCGGCAGUAACAAAAAUUUUGAAAUACAAUCCAUCUGCAUUACCGAAUAUCGAUGAGAUUAUUAAUGCUUGGUAUUCAUGGUUGCCUGUUAUCGAAGAUGAAGAUGAAGCGCCCCAUAUUUACGGCUACUUAUGCGAUCUUAUACAAGCUAACCAUCCAGUAAUUCUUGGUGCAAACAAUUCCAAUCUUCCGCGCAUCGUUUCCAUUAUAGCACAAGCAUUUAAAUCUGGUGUAGUGAAACCACUCAGCGAGGAAGGUAGCCGUAUGAUUGGAAUUGUAAAACAGUUGGAAUCGAAUCCGGAUGUAUUUCAAGCGUGUGUCAGCAUUCUAACACCCGAACUUAAACAAGGACUCGAGGAGGCAUACAGAGAAUUCACAAAUCCUCCCCCAGCAGUAUAAUUCACAGUAGCAGCAGAGUUUCACAUGUAGUCUGUGAGAUAGAGAAAAAAUACGAAGGAAGUCUUGAUUCACUUCUAUCAAUUAUUAUAUUAUGUUUUCUAUUAUUUUUUUUUACUAAUAAUAUUUUUUUACAAACAUUUAUAAUCUUUAAAAAUUCGUUAUUCAAAACGAUUAGGAAAAAAAACUUGGAAAUGUAAUUUUUUUUUUGUUCUCUUUUCUGGUUUUUAUUUUAAUCUUUUACUUUAUAUAUAAAUAAAUAUAUAUGAAAAGUCUAUUGGUGUAAUUCAUUGAAAGAUGAAGGUAACAACUAGAAAUUAAAUAGAUGAGACAAUAUUAAGAACGUUGGCAUUUACGAUUAUUCAAGUUAAAAGUUAAAAAAAAGCUUCCCUUUGAAAACAAAAUUAUAAACAUAAACUUUUUUAUUUUUUGUCAUAGUUUUCUUUUUCUCUUUAAAAAAUAAAACUGUGUUAACAAUUUAUUUAAGAAACAUAAAAACACAGAUUAUAUUUGUUGAUACAUGAAUGUUUAUUUAGUGAUAUAAAAAAAAUUUGCUUAGACUACUAUUUUGGGUCGUUUAGAAAGAAUCUUUAAACAAGAAAAUUACAGAUUAUGUGAAAUUUCUAAAAGUUAUGUUAAGAACAACUGUAACUGAUGAAUAAACUGUAAAACUUA